UUUUUAAUAGUAAAAUAAGAUCUAAAAUUUUCAUUUGCUUUACAUUAUUUUGAAAUAACAAAAUAAAUUGUUUAUAAAAUUUAUAAAAAUGAGUACGGAAGAUGAAUAUAAUAUAGCCACAAGAUAUAGAACUGUUCGUAAACAUUUAGAUAGUUUAGGCUAUAAACAAGCACUUACAUUUGAUGCACUUCCACUAAUUGAAAAAUUGUUGGCUGAUUUGAUACAAACAACAGAAAGUUUGAAACAUUUUAAAAAUAUUGCUCAAGAAAAUAUUGAGGCACAUAUUCAAUUACAAUCAACAAUUGAUCCUUAUAAAUGUGAUAAUGUAAGGCUAGUGCAAGAAUGUAAUCAGCUUCAUUCAGAUUUGAUAAAAGAAAAAGAAAGUCAUCAAAAGCAAAUUAAAGAUCUUAAGAAAGAAAUAUAUAAAUUAGAGCGUGAAUGUAAUGAUCUUCAACUAUCAUCUUCUCGCAAUUUACAUAGAAUUAAGGAAUUAGAAACUGAAUCUGCUAAGAAGUCAAAAAGAAUUUUGGAACUCCAAGGAAAAUGUUUAAAACCAACUAUUAGCAAUGUUGGAUUAGCUUCUAAGAAACGUUCUGUUUUCCCACUUCGAAGACCAGUUAUAGAAAGUGAACCAUUACCAAAAACAGGAAUUAAAUUUACACCAUUACCAAAUUUAAGCACUGUGGAACCAAAAAUUAUUGAUUUGUUAAAUAUGGCAGAUCAUAAGAUGAAUUGUUUGAGUCAUGAGGUAACAAAUUUAAAAGAAGAACUCUCUUUACAAAAUGACAAUAUUCAAAUAUUAAAAAGUCAGUUGACUAAUAAAGAAAAAGAAAUUUUACGAUUGAAGAAAAUGUUAGAAGGAGGUAGACCAUAUUUAGCUGUUUCUAAAGAUUAUAAAAAAACAGAAAAUAAUUAUGUAAUAUCCGAUAAUGUAAAUGAUGAAUUAAAAAUACUCCAACAAGAAAAAUUGGAAUUAGAGCAGCAAUUAAAAGAAGCUUUAAACAAACAACAUGAUGCUAUGUCUCAAGCACUUAAACUUGCUGAUCGAAAUGAGGAAUUGGAAAAGGAAUUAAAAGACAUAGAUUAUAUUGCAUUAGCAGUAGAAGCUGAUUGUAACUCAACAGUUAAAGAAAAUAAUAAAAGAGUUUUUAAAUUGCAGGAAAAAUUAGAGAAUGUAACGACAAGAGUACAUGUAUUAGAAGAUGAAUUAAGUACUGAGCAUAGAGAAGUACAAGAAUUGAGAACAAAUCUGGAGACAUGUAGAUUAGAGAAACUUAAUAUUCAACGAACUUUGGAAUGUACUUUAGAUGAAAAAAAGCAGAUGACUGAUAGAAUAAAUGAAUUAACUGUAAUUGAAAAAAAUUUAAAUGAUGAGAUCGAAAGAUUGGCUAAGGAAAAUGAAAAACAAAAACAAGAUAUUAUUCAAUUACAAUAUAGUAAUAAGUUAUUAAAAGAGCAAAUGAGUGCAAAAGAUAUAUUAUUAGAUAACAAUGGAACAAAUGAAACUAGAGAAAAAGGAAGAAAAAAUAAUUAUAAUAAAGAUUUUCAAGAGGUACAUAAAGAAACAAAGAUUUUUCAAGAUAUAAAUCAUGGACAUAACAAUAUAUUGAAACAAUUAGAUGGAAAAGAUAUUGAAACAAAUGUUGAUUUCUCUUCACAAAUUCGAGAAUUGAAAUAUCAUUUAAAUGAAAAAGAAAAUGCAUUGGAUAAAUUACAACAAGAGAAAAGAGAAUUAUAUCGUGAAAAAACUAAUUUAGAAACACAUUUACAAACUUAUAAAAAUGAACAUAAAACACCACAUCGACUUUGCAAACAUGGUGUUGUAUGUAAUUGUUCUUCUCUAGUUAUAAAAGAUAGCAAGAUAAAGGAUAUUAUUGAACGUCUGGAACAUGAACGAGAUAUUGCACGGGCUGAUAUCGAUCGUUUAAUUGAAGAACGUAAUGCAUUACGUGAAAGAUUAAAGAUAGCAACAGAAGCACAUACAUCUGAACAGCGUCAUUUAAGAGAAAAUUUGACUGAUGUUGAAACUCGACUGAAACAGAUAGAAAAGGAACGACAAGAACUUUUACUUACGCAAGGAACACGAAGAGCAACUAUAAAAGGACUUGAAGAUCAAUUACAAGAUCUACGAGAAGAGUUACGACGAACCAAACAAGAAUUAGGAACACAAAGAACACAAUAUUUUCAACUUCGCGCUCUACAAGAUCAAACGGAUCAAACAUUGGGAGAUGCUCAGAAUCAAUUAACACAAUCAGAAUCCGAAUUAAAUAAAGUAUUGGAUCGUAAUAAAACAAUAGAGCGACAAAAAUUACAACUUGAAAAUCAAAUAAAAGAUUUAGAAAAAGAAAUUAAUAAUUUUAAAGUGAAUAUGACACAUUUAGAUCAUGAAAAAGAUCAAUUAUUGAUGGUAUUGGAUGAAAAAACAGAAAAAAUAGCUGCUUUAGAAAAAGAAAUAGCAUUAAAAGGACAACAAAUAAUAGGAAACGAACAACAGAUUCGUGAUUUACAACACAAAAAUGAGAUGUGCGUGGAUCAAACCGCGGAUGCGAAUCGGCAAUUAAGGUCGAUACAACUGGAGAUGGAAAAUCUUCAACGACAAUUGCAAACUGUUUCGUACGAUCGAGAUAAUGCUAUCCAGGAAAAUCGACGAACUCAGGACGAUUUAGCUGCGGCUACUAGUGAAGUAAGAAAUCUGCAGCGCGAAUUAGAAACAUCUCGUGGCGAGUCGUUUGAUCUGAAGAGACAGCUUCAGACUUACGUUAGCGAGGUCCGCAGAGCUGAAGAACUUCUUAAUAGAAAGGAAAAUGAAAGAUCAGAAAUGUUGAAUCACUUUAGAAGUUUAAGUUUAGAGGCGACUGUUUUGGAAAAUAAUAAUCAUAGUUUAGAAUCUGAAGCAGCUGAGGCGAGAGGAGCGCUUAAAUCCGCCAGGGAUAGAUUAUUGGAUUUAGAACGACAAUUGGCGGAUAAAGAUAGCUUGAUAAGAGGCUAUGAAACUCAGAUUAGUGAAUUAACUCAAAAUGUGGCAAGUUUAGAAACACAGUUACGUCAGCAGGGAGAACAAAAGCAUAGAGCAGAAGCUGAUUUAACUGCUGUUAGAGAUCUAUGCAUGAAAUUGGAUGAACAAAAAGACACACUUAUGGCACAGUUAGACGAUAAAGAUUCGCUUAAAACACAAUAUGAUAUGCAAAUUGCUAAAUUAAAAGCGGAACAAGCUGUCAUUCAAGAUCAGAUGACUAAAGAUCGUGCGACAGUAGAACGCCUUGAGAUGUUAUUGGAUCAAGCAAGACAGGAAUCUAUAACUGCGCAAACUACUAAUCAGGAGCUUCAAAAUGAAAUGUCUAGAUUAAGACAAAAAAUGUCUGAACUUCAAACUAAAUUGUCUUCAGAAUCAACAAAACUUCGACAAUAUCAAACUCAAGCUGCAGAGUAUUCUAAACAAAUUAGUGAACUUCGUAGACAAGUUACAAAUGAAAGAUUUGAUCGCGCGAGAAAAGAAGAAGAAAAUCGUAGACCUUGUGAAGAAACUCUUGAUCCAUCUGUCCAAGUUCCAUGUCCAAAAUCUUACUUUCCUAUUGAAACAAAUGAAACAAAACACAGGUCUUUAAAUUCGACACCAGACAGUUUUAACGUAGAUUUAAAUGUGGUUAUAUAAAAUCAUUUAACCUAUCCUAAUCAAUAGAUAUUUGCAGAAUGAAACAAGCAAAGAAUACGAUGGACUGGCUGAAAGAAGCAGAAUGAAAAUAAUAAAUCCCGUCACUAUAUCACACUCGGGAUAUUUAAAUUUGCAAAACUACAGAUGCAAUGAUCAUACAAAACAUAUUCACUGUGAUGUUCCUUGCAUAAAUAUAAUUUUACGUUCAGAUUGUAAAAUGCAUUCCAGUCUGUAUAGUUAUCUACAAAAGGAAAAUGCGCAACAAGAGAUACAAAACGAGAAUGCACCAUUUUUUCAAAUCAACGAAAAUUCAAUGAAAGUUGAUUUUAAACCAUUAAAUACAUCUCAGUUUAAUUCGUUUAAUGGAAAAUAUAAUCAUACUACUUUUAAU